AUGGAAGACGAAGGUCGAGAGCGCGAUCCUCGAGGUGGCGUCUCCGGCCUUUGCGCACGGCUGUCGGGCAACUCCCGUAGGAAGCGGCGUGGUUCAAGCGGGGGCAUUUUGGGGAUUGAAAUUGGAAGGAGGUUUAGACUUUUGGGUUGAUUGAAUCUGGUGAAAGAUGGAGACUUUUCCAUAGAUGGAAACCAUGGUGUUAUGGGUAGCGCGGGAAAUCAACUCUGUCUUCGUUCGGGUUCGGGUUCGGAUUCGGUGUAACAACUUAAGACAAAAGUCAUAACAUUGACUUGAGUAUAACGGCCGAAGGUCAAAGGUGGAUCCAAUGAUUGGUUUCAUAAUGAAGUCCAUAUCGUGUCGGCCGAAUUGAUCGACGUCCCGAGAUUCUUAUUCGAGUCAAUUUCUCAAAUCUCAGUUCAUCAAUGGCGGACGGUAUCGAAGACCCUGCUGCUGACUCCGACAGUCUGCAUGAAACCGAGAUCAGCAUCGGAUCCCAUAUACAUCAACUUUCGGAAGGGCCGGAAAGCGAGAUAAGCUUUACACAACAGAUGUACCGAAAGAAACUCAAGUGGACAGCUGAAAUCGAAGAAAAGCUACACAAUCUGCGGCCAUGGAACUUGAGCAUCUAUAGAGUUCCAGAUAGACUUCGUCAAGUUAAUAAGGAUGCCUACAGUCCUCGUGUUGUGUCGAUUGGUCCUUUCCAUAGGCACAAGCCUAACCUGGUAGCUAUGAGGGAGCACAAGUUGCGUUAUGCCCUAUUCUUUUUUAAGAAAGCACAAGAAGUAGCACAGAAACGAGCUCUAAGUUUCAGCUUUGGAUCACGAGAAUCUUCGGACUGCAUGAGAGAGUGGACGACUGCGAUUUAUGAUUCGGACGCAGAGGUUCGUGGGAGCUAUGCUGAAGAUAUGAGCAACAUUGAUCAGGAGGAACUAGCAGAAAUAAUGUUGGUCGAUGGUUGCUUCAUAUUGGAACUUUUCAUCAGAUUUUACCUAUACGUACAUAGGAAGUUAGAAGGCCAUGAAUCAGAUCCGAUUCUAGAAAGUGCUUGGAUGAUUGCAGACUUACGGCAUGAUCUGGCAUUGCUUGAAAAUCAAAUCCCCUUAUGUAUUAUACAUGAUUUGUACGAUGCUAUCAGUGGCCAUCAGACACAUGUAGACAAUGAUUUGCCUUCGCCGCAUUGUCUUGCUCUUCACUUCUUUCAACCUGCGAGCCUGAAAGCAAGCAUAGUAACAGAGUGGAGACAUGAGUAUAAGCAUUUGUUGGAUAUCCUGCACAAGUUCUAUUUUCUCCCGACUAAAACUACUGAUUUGUCUAUAAGGCUCAAUGUUGAAUUGAUACCUGAAGAUCAGCGUCUUAAGGGAGUCCAAAAGAAUAGAGUCUGGGGAUUCAAUUAUUCUGCCUCAGAACUAUUGGAGUCUGGAGUCGAGUUCAGCAUUGGCUCCAGCCAGGACCAGUUGCUCGACAUAACUUUCAACGAGGGGAAAAUCAGAAUUCCACCACUGUUUGUUCAUGAGACGACGAGUUCAUUAUUGAGGAACCUUAUUGCUUAUGAGCAAUGCAGUCUAAAUAGUAAUCACAGUGUUACAUCAUAUGCCUGCCUCAUGAAGAGUCUCAUCCGUUCCUCGAGGGACAGCACUCUGCUUCUAAGGAAGGGGAUAACUAAAUAUCACCAUUGGAUUGGAGGUGAAGAGGAAUAUUUGCCUCAAAUAUACAAAAGUAUACUAGAUGAAGUUGUUGUCAAGGAAUUUCAUUUUAGAACCUUGUGCAAUGGAGUAGAUGAAUACUGUACCUCCUGGUUUCAUCUGAGAAAACUUAAAGUAUUUCUGAGGGUGCGGAUUCAAAGAUAUACAACUCUCCUUUUCAGCACCUAUUUUGCUUCUCCGUGGAGUUUCAUAUCAUUCAUGGCAGCUCUUGCCAUGCUCAUUCUCACAUCUUUGCAGACAUAUUAUACCAUGCGCACAGCUCAUAAUAUUAAUUAAGCUUGUAUCUGUUUCAAGUAUUUCAGUCAUUUAUAUAGAUAUCUGAUCAUGCAUGUAGUUCAACAUUCCAGAAAGUCAUGAUGAUCCAAAAGAUUCAUAAUUGCAACACUGUUUACUCAUCAACAAGACCUGAGAUGAGGCCAUUACAACUUACCAUGUAACAUAUAAUCACCAAGGAACUAUAUGCAAUGAUAUGUUGAGUCAA